UCUAUUGCUAUACGUAAAUGAGAGGGCAAAUAUGUAUCUUUUAUUUAGUGAAAAGUGCUUUACCCGUGACGUCGUCGUGCGAUCUUUGGACUGCUAUUUUUGUUGAGAACGUCUGCUGCUGCGAGAUUGCAGUCGAGCAGUAUUAUUCGAGCAAGCGAACUGUAAAGACCUCGCGGCUAACCUGUAACCGUUAGCAACCCAACAGAAAAGCAAAGCAAAGCAAAUUAAAGCGAAGCGAAAUCUAAUUUGUUUACAUUUUUGUUGAAUGAAACUGCAAUUUAUUGACUUGAAUACAUACCUUGAAUUUGUGUUGGUUCUAAUUGUUUAAACGUGUCUAACAGCUGCAUCCAUAUAUUUAAAUAGCGCACUUCAAUAAAAUAAAGUAAAGUUUUAAAAUGGCUGAAGUUAAAUACUUGGUUGUGCUACCAACAAAUCCCAACGAAUCAGACAGGAUGAGCAAAAUGGGUAUCCAAGGAUGUCUGCUGCAGGAACCAGAACAAUUCUCGAUUAAUUUCGUAAACAGUCCCAGCUGCACAGACAACAUAACAUAUCAUUUUAAAGUUAGGGUACCCGCACAGACGAUCGUCGAGAAUUACAAGAUCAAUGGCGAGUGGAGCGACGCACACCAGGAGAAAUAUCUGAAUAUAUUCGAUGGUAAAAGCGACAAGACAAUGCCAAGCAUAUCCAGUAUUAUAAAUGACGGCAUCGAUGCCGUACUUCACUAUUCGUUCACAGAGUCAACCUUUUCGCUUGAGUUUCAAUUCGAUUACAAUAAUUCGACCAUACACGUUUACCAAGUGCGUGGACAGGGUCACAAUUUCGUUACGAAAUUCGAAACGCUCUUUUCCCUAUCCGACAUACAGUCGAUUCAGGUGUGGGGCGAUGUCCAAAAGAUAACCCAAUUCUCAUUGAGUUACGAUUGAGGGUAGCUGCAAACCUGAUAAACGACCUAUAAGGUUAGCGCUGCAUUCUUUAUCUUCUCAAUAAAUCUGUUUUCUUCUGGUAUGUUUGGUCCGCCGCUUGGUUUCUGUUUGGGUUUGUUAUGUUCUGUUCUUUGCUUGGCUUGGUUUUGUUCGGUUUGGUUUGGUUUGGUUUGUUCCGCUCUCUCCCACAUCUAACAAUGUUAUUUGCACUUAGUCCCAUGCACAAUUCACACGGAACCUAAAUACAUACAUAUAUAUGAGUCCAAAUCACAAUCAUUCGAUUUACAGUAACACAUUUGGAGUAAAUUGCAUCGCCCUGCUACGCUUUUUGCACUGCGCCUGACUGGAUUGCUCCAUUGCUGCAUCAUGAGUGGAGCGUACCCACUAUCCAGUAGUAUUAUGUAGUAUGUAGAAAGUAGUCGCUAAUUUUAAUACACUUUUCUUUUCUGUUAUGUAUAUUUAAGCCAAAGAAUUUGAAAUUUAUUUAUUUUCUAUUAAAUGUAAGCAAGAUACGAAUUCGGCAACCUCACAUCCCAUUCAAAGUAUUAA